AGCCUCUUGAUGACUGAAAUCAAUGCCUUCUUCACAUACAUUGGAUAAAAGACUUUAAAAAGUCGCGUUUGAAUGAGCACGUUGGACACUGUUGUGCACCGGGUUGCUGCUUUUGACACAGCGCUGUUAAAUAGUUAAAUAAACAAUGGCGCAAACAAGCGUCUCGUGUGCGUUUCGGGUAAAAGAACGUGUUUCUUAAUAUGACUACUAAAAACCAACAGACUGGUGAAAAUAAGGGAGAUAAACCUAUUUACUACAUAUGCCUGCUUAGAAAAAAAGCUGAUUAGCUUUUACUUACCUGUUAAACGAAGAUCUCAUCUGCAAAAGUUUGACUAUGCAGUUGUGCAGUCUUUGGGAAAGCCAAAGGUUAAAGAGGAAUACAAAGGAGAGACCAGAUAAUUUUACCCUGAGGAAAUCUCGUCUAUGGUCUUGGUGAAGGAGAUUGCAGAGGCUUACAUUGGACACAAGGUGACAGAUGUAGUUAUCACAUCUGCCUACUUCAAUGACUCCCAGAGGCAAGCCAAGAAAGAUGCUGGAGUAAUCGCUGGCCUGAAUGUUCUCCGAAUCAUCAAGGAGCCCACAGCUGCAGCCAUUGCCUAUGGGCUGGAUAAAGGCAAAAGUUCAGAGCGUAACGUCCUGAUCUUCGACCUGGCUAGAGGCACAUUUGAUGUGUCCAUCCUGACUAUCGAAGAUGGCAUCCUAGAGGUGAAAGCCACAGCUGGAGACAAACACCUGUGUGGGAAACACUUUGACAACAGCAUGGUAAAUCAUUUUGUAGAAUUCAAGAGAAAACACAAGAAGGACAUCAGUCAGAACAAGAAAGCCCUGAGGAGGCUCCAUACAGCUUGUGAAAGAGCCAAGAGAACCCUUUCCUUCAGCUCUCAGUCCAGCGUUGAUAUCGACUCUCUGUAUGAGGACAUCCAUCACCAGAGUAAGGUUUGAAAAGCUGUGCUCAGACCUCUUCAGGGGAAAUUCUGCAGGAUUUCUUCAAUGGAAGAGAGUUGAAGAAGGGUAUGUCCUUAGGUGUACUACAUUAUAAUGAGCAUAUGUGUUAUUGUUCUGUGGUUAUGCUUCAUUAUUUCCAAAAGUUGCUGUGUUUAGCGCAUGUGGUGGACCAUUUAUUUUGAUUGUGGAUCAAUACAGUGAUUCGCUGUUCAGUUUAGGUGAUUGUUGGUUUGAGUUGUUAAUUUGAGUAUAUAGUAAUGUUGUUAAAUAUGUUGUUCUAUGAGAA